AUGGCGAGUCUACGCAAGAUUCCGCUGCGGUUCAUUUUUCUCAACGCCUUGCUCGAUUGUGCGUUGAUCAAGAUUUUCCAUUUACGACCGAAUAUAGGCAGCCUUUCACCAUUCUUGGUUUACGUGGGUAUCUUCCAGCUGCUUUGGAUCACACAGCUCGUUCUUUUUUGUCUCUAUGCAAUCUGUAUUUACCCUUUCUACGUCUCGCCGCUUCGUCAUCUGUACUCUCCCAAAGGAGGCAAGCCUCUAAUUGGAUUUGGGCGAGAGCUACGAAAGAAUGGUCCAGGUCCCAUGGCCAGAGAAUGGUUUUCAGAGACAGACUCCGAUGCAUUGAUGCGUGUCCUUCUCCCGGGCAAUCAGGAGGCCAUCAUUAUUCGCUCGCCUCAAGCCAUUUCCGAUGUCCUUGUCAAAAACAGCAUGAAGUACGAAAAGCCAGAAUUUGUGCGUCAAUUUCUAUCGCAUGUCAUAGGAUGGGCACUGCUCACCACGGAGGGAGACGUCCAUAAGAAGCAAAGGCGAAAUAUGAACCCUGCGUUCUCUUUUCGCCAUAUUAAGGAUCUGUAUCCUCUCUUUUGGAGAAAAUCCCAGGAAGUCGUCAAUGUCAUGACAGAAGAAUGUCGACAAAACUUUUAUGGCAAGGACUACGUGUGCAUGGACAUAUCCGCUUGGGCGGUCCGCAGCGGCUUGGAUAUCAUUGGCCUCGCGGCCAGCGGUAUCGACUUUGGUGCAAUCCAAAAUGCUGGAAGCCCGCUGGCAAAUACAUACUACAAGCUGAACCCUUCCUCAGAAGACCUCUUACUGAUUCUUCUCUGGGCUUUGGUCCCCGAUUCCAUCAUGAUGAAGCUUCCUCUAUCGCGCAUCACAUCGGUCUCUGAAGCGUCAAAGCAUCUCAAGGAGGUGGCUACCGAUCUCAUUCGCGCCAAGAAAAUAAAGAUGGCGAAUAAAGAGGAUAUAGGAGUCGACAUCCUCAGUGUCGCAUUGCGGGCAGGCUUGUUCUCCGACGACGAACUUGUCGAUCAGGCAUUGACGUUUCUCUCCGCUGGCCAUGAGACUACUGCCUCGGCGCUGACUUGGGCAGUGUACAUGCUCUGCAGGUUCCCCAGUACGCAAAGCAGAUUAAGAGAAGAGAUUCGUGCUGCCAUUCCAUCGCCAGAAAAUGUGGACUCAAGUAUAUCUAGCGCUGACAUUGACAACCUGCCGUAUCUCAACGCUGUAUGCGACGAGGUUCUUCGCCUGUAUGGUCCUGUGCCUGCGACUGUCCGAGUCAACAAUUGCGACACGACAAUCCAAGGCGAGUUUAUACCACGCGACACGAUGGUCAUUGUUCCUAUUUGGGCGAUCAAUACCGAUCCACUACUCUGGGGUCCAGAUGCUCAUGACUUCAAACCGGAGCGAUGGCUAAAACCUCAAGGCGACGGGGCCGUGCCAGCUCAAUCAACGAGCAACUAUGCUUUUAUGACAUUCCUUCAGGGACCGCAUAAAUGCAUUGGUAAUACGUUUGCAAGAUCAGAGAUGGCGUGCCUACUGGCUGCCUGGGUUGGGCGGUUUGCCUUUGAGCUUGACGACCCGACGCUGAUGGAUGAAAGAAACAUUGUCAUUCCACCGAGCGUUAUUGCAAAGCCCGAUGGCGGUUUGCAGAUGAAGGUUCGAGUGGUCGAUGGCUGGUAA